AUGUAUUGCGCCGUCAACCCGGACAAGCCGAGCAAGGUUGCCGACAUCGCAGCUAGCUUCGACAUGUCCGAAACCCACUUGUUCAAGAUCAUGAAAGUGCUGGUCGACGCGAAUCUGAUCAGAACGAUCCGAGGCCGAAACGGCGGUGUCAUGCUGGCCCGCCCCGCCGAAGAGAUAACUGUCGGAGAAGUUGUUCGGGCUGCCGAGGAAAGCUUUCUUCUGGCAGAGUGUUUCGACUCCGGCCGCAAGGAUUGCCCGCUGAUCAUGUCCUGCGGCUUCAACGGCUUGCUGCAUGAAGCUCUUGAAGCCUUUAUGGAUGUUCUGGACACCAAGUCGAUUGCGGAUCUGUCUGAGGACCGGUUCGGCAUGCGCGAUCUCUUGAAGAUCGAUGUCGGCGAAACACCGAUCGCUGCCAACGCAUAA